GAAAACUAUACUUGCACACUACACUUAAGUAACACCUUCAAGAUUUCCUAUAACGGUGGGAAAACUUGUUGCGGCUUCACCAAACUAAACAUACAAUUACCACUCGUUUCUUUCAGGUAGUUACUGUUUUCCUGUGUUGUGUUUUGUGUUCACCUGUAGGCGAUACAUACACCUGUGUAUUCCUGCUUGUUGUGACACGCUGACCUACAACAGCCUGGCGUGAUUCUCUCUGCUAUUGUCUGUUAUUACAGUGACUUCAGCGCUCCCACAGCGAGGGAUUUAAAAGCAGGUUCCCACCUCCUGACUCCCACUGAGCUCAGCAUAAUGAAACUGUGUACAUUUGUCGCACAGUCACAUCAAGAGGCUUUCACAGUUGCCGGGGGUGAUGGUCGUAUUUCAGGGGGUUUUUUUUGUUUUUGACUAAGUGGUCCUUGCCUGCAGUGGAUCCAGUGGUAGAAACUGACAGAAAUCUAGAAGUCCCAGUCAGUCCCAUUGUGCCUGCUGUCAGGCCACAGCUUGCCUGUUAGUGACAGCAGACGCUCACCAGGAGGAAUGUCAACCCCCACCUUCAGAUAAGUUUUGACAGCUGUAAACUGUGAGAGGCAAGAGAGGAGGGGAGGUGAUCUGCUAUUUAUAUCAUUUCUUUUAGUCAGGCUCAAACCAGAGAGAGAGAGAGAGACCCUUUCUCUUCCUCCUCUCUCCUGAAGGCGAUCGCCCCUUCUGGAUCUCUCCUUUUUUUUUUGCCUCCUCUUCCUCCAGAAACUUCUGGAGAUACCAGCUGACGGCAUUAAAACCAGGAGAGACCAACAGGUUGGAGGAAAGCAUCUGAACAGAGACGAACAGACGCAGACUGUAGAGUGAAGAAGAAGAAGAAAUCACACAAACCAACAGGCCGACAUGGCGCUGAUGUGCUACAACAAAGGCUGCGGGCAGAAGUUUGACGCAGACAAGAACAAAGACGAUUCCUGCCUCUUCCAUCCAGGAGUCCCCAUCUUCCAUGAUGCUCUGAAGGGUUGGUCAUGCUGCAAAAAAAGGACAACAGACUUUUCCGAGUUCCUCUCCAUCAAGGGCUGCACCCGCGGGCGUCACAGCAACGAAAAGCCCCGUGAGCCUCUGCUGCCGGAGGUGUCAUCAGAUAAGGGCAAGAUGAAACACACCAGCGACCAAGAAAUAAUCUACCAGGGACCCAAAUCUGUUGAGAAACUGCAGAAAGAGAGACCCAGUUCAGACGAGCCCAUGACCAAGCUGCCCCACAAAGUAUCUGCAUCGCUGGCUAAGGAGCUGGAGAAACUGGACAUCAGCAAUAAAGCUGAGAAAGAGAAGACAGACAGUCAGACCGUCAUGAUGGGAACACGAUGCAAGAACGCAGGAUGUAAAACAGCCUAUCAAGGCCCAGAGACGAACCUGGAGGUCUGCACCCACCACCCCGGAGCACCCGUCUUCCACGAGGGGUACAAGUACUGGAGCUGCUGCUGUAUAAAGACCACAGACUUCAACGCUUUCCUCGACCAGAAGGGCUGCACAGCAGGAAAACACCGCUGGGUCCUGAAACAGGACAAGAAGAAGGUGGCGUGUCGAUUCGACUGGCACCAGACGGGAAAUAAUGUCGUCGUAACGAUCUACGCCAAAAACGCAAACCCAGAGUUUUGCUGCAUUGAGGCCAACCAGACAGUGCUUUCAUGUCAAAUCCAGUUUGAGAACGAUAAGAUUUUCAAGAGAGAAUUCCAUUUUUGGGGCGUAAUCAAUGUCAAACAGAGCUCGGUCAACAUGGUCCCAUCCAAAGUGGAGAUCUCCCUCCGCAAGGCCGACCAGGUUUCUUGGGGCAAACUAGAGGACCCCAACUACAAACCAGAGCCCGAGCCCGUAGAAGACACCUUCACCGAAACCACCGAGCCACAGCAGCAGCCCGACUGGGACAUCGACGACGACGACAUCAGCGACUCGGACGAGGAGUGGGCCUACGACACGGCGCCGAAGAAAACGCAAGAGGAGAAGGAGCUAGAGGAACUGAAGAAAAAACAUGAAGAGAUGCAGAAUUUAAAGAGGAAGGAGGUGGAGGAGGAGAUGAAGAGGGUGAUGGAGGAGAAGCAGAAGGAAGAGGAGAAGCGAGAGGAGCAAAGGAGGCAGGAUGAAGAGGACGGAUACGAUGACAUGCCUGAUUUAGAGUAAACACACUGGAUCCUUUAUAAUUUAUUUAAUGAUAAAACUCAAGAUAGUGAUGUUUUUACGCUUCUGGGUGCAUCUUCAAGACAUUAAAUAAAGACUUUUCUAUGUCUAUAUUUCUCUGUCUCUCAAUUCCAAAUGAACACAGAUAAAUGGACACAUCAAUGAUAUAAAGACUUGUUGUUCAUCACACUUCCCCCGCGUUUUUUAGCAGCAGGAUUAAGAUCAAUGAUUCAUUUAAAAGCCUAAUGACUAGAUUAAGUAUCUACUGGUGUUACAGGCCACUGCUGGCAGCAAAACACUGGUGGUUGAUUAGCCUUUAACUGGUGAGUCAUGCUGAAUUUGUAUGUUCACACAUUGUUUUCAUUAAUAUAAGUC